CUGUGGAUCUUAUCCACCGCCGAUCGGCUGCUACAGUCUCACCCACAAGAAUAGCUGAGUGAUUACACGGCACUGAGUUGAAAACAUUUAAAUAGCAUAUUACAAUGAUUGUGACAUGUUUUGAAACACACUUGUAAAGUUAAGAAAUUACUUUAAACCGUAUAAUUGUACUCCCUUUCAGGCAAACGGAAACCGGUUUCGAUGAAGGUAUUUGUAUGGCUGUCGAAUAUUAUGACUUGCUGUCGAAUAUGAUGACUUGCUGUCGUGCCUUUAGUCACUUUCUGUGUCAACACGGAGCUGUCCCUAGUGCUGAAGUUAUCCACAGCAUGUCCAGUCCUGUUUUUAAAGCUUUUAACGCACCGGAUAAGUAGCAUUUUUUUGUUGCAAAGCUAUGGGCCUAAAUUCAGACCGCAUGUCUAUCUUAUCCAUUCGAAGCUACAGCGUGUUUUGUCUGCUGUAGAGUCGGGCCGUGGAGACUAAAUGGAAUCGUAAUAUUUUGACUGACUAUCUGAGUUCCAAACGAAUCUCCGCUUCCGCGCACACUGAACGACCCGGAUUGGGAGAAGCCAGAGGAGGGCGUGCGACUCUGGUGACGCCCCCCUCCCAUUUCCCAUCCCCACCAACAACACACACCCCCAGCGCUACCAACACCUCCCCACCCCUGGCCAAGGAAUAAAAGAAAAUCUUUUAGUGAUAGGUCAUAUGGGUUUUCGCAGUUGCCGAUCUGGACUUCUUUGAAGACGUUUGAGUGUUACCAGCUGGUUGCCGAUAUCGUCCGAUUACACCAACAGCGCUGUUAAAGAAUGUGUCUGCCAUUUUUAUCAUGGGCUGCUUGUUGACACAUAUAAUCGCGCGUCUUGUUGAUGCCGAGGAGCGCUGAGACGAUUCGAUGGAUUUCAGUGCUGGCUUGAAUAUUGAGUCGCUGCUGGAUUUGUGAUGCAGAAAAUAUUAUGCGUGAUUGGAUCUUUUACAUCUUCUACUGUCAGGCCCUACUGAAGCAGAACAUUGAUUGUAUAAACAAAGGCAGUGUUGCGACUGAGUUAGCUAGAUGUUUGGAUACUGGUUCAUUAAUUCGUUUUGAGUAAUUAUAGUUCCGGGAUAUUGAUGUCAGUGAUAAAUGUAAAAUUCAUGACACCUCCUUAAGAUAGACUACAGCCGUAAAUGUCUACUGGGGUCAUACAGAUUGUUUUGUGAGAUGGACAUCGAUGGACUGAAAGAUUAAAUGAAUAAGUCCAUAAGAACAUUUUGGGUCUACAAAUCGAUGAUUUAUUUGGCAUAGAGACGUUCGGUGGCCACUGAAUGCAGCUCCGCUAAACUGCAUGGAACUCGUAAACAUUGCCAUGCUUUUUGCUCGGUUUCCUUGAUAGCACAGAGAUUUGUAUUCACAACAAGACUCGCCAUCCGCUUGGAUCUCGAGGUUACCGUGUAGUGCAAUUGCCAACAUGCCUACUUCACGCACGGGCGCCAGUGCGGUGGAGUACUGGGUCGAUGGAUCGCGUCGGGAUGUCACCAUGGAGGACUUCUAUACAAUGGGGGCAGAACUAGGAAGGGGGGCCACAUCAGUCGUUUACCGCUGUGAGGAGAAAGAGACAGAGAAGCCUUUUGCUGCCAAGGUCCUAAAGAAAACUAUCGACAAGAAGAUUGUGAGGACUGAGAUUGGAGUUCUUCUGCGGCUUUCUCACCCCAACAUUAUACGCCUGAAGGAGAUCUUUGAGACCGAGACCGAGAUCUCUUUGAUCCUGGAGCUGGUCACAGGAGGGGAGCUCUUUGAUAGGAUUGUGGAGAGGGGCUACUACAGUGAGAGAGACGCAGCUCAUGUCAUCAAGCAGAUCCUGGAGGCCGUGGCGUACUUGCAUAAGAAUGGAGUCGUGCACAGAGAUCUUAAACCAGAGAAUCUCCUCUAUGCUGACAUGUCUCUGGAUGCUCCGCUCAAGAUAGCGGACUUCGGCCUCUCCAAGAUAAUUGAUGAGCAGGUGACCAUGAAAACAGUGUGUGGUACGCCAGGCUACUGUGCCCCAGAGAUCCUCCGAGGCAACGCUUACGGGCCCGAGGUCGACAUGUGGUCUGUGGGAGUCAUUCUCUACAUCCUGCUGUGUGGGUUUGAACCAUUCUUUGACCCGAGGGGGGAUCAGUACAUGUACAGCCGCAUCCUCAACUGUGAUUAUGAGUUUGUCUCCCCCUGGUGGGACGAUGUCUCCCUCAACGCUAAAGACUUGGUCAGUAAGCUGAUUGUUCAGGACCCUCACCAGCGCCUGACGGUGGACCAGGCCCUGCAGCACCCCUGGGUGCUGGGCAAAGCCGCCCGCUUCUCCCACAUGGACACCACCCAGAGGAAACUACAGGAGUUUAACGCUCGCCGCAAGCUCAAGGCUGCCAUGAAGGCGGUGGUGGCCACGAGCCGUAUGCACGAGAGCUCCAGGAGGAGGACUGACAGCUGCGAGAUGCCCGGCCCCGACAAGACGUCCCGCCAGAGCAGCAUGCAAACAGAACCGGUCCCGGAGUCCCAGACCGACACGGAACCUGCCGAAAAGACGACGAGCUCCACCGCUGCGGAGGAACCAGAGGCGCCCCAGGAUCAGCCUGUCUGCACCCCGCCACUUCUGCCCGCGCACAGCCCCAAACCCAGCGCCCCUCCGCCGCUCGUGGGGGCUCCGACCGCGCCCCUUCCCACCAGACCCCCCCUGAAACCUGACGGGCCAAAGCAAACCUCGGUCAUCCCAAAGACUGGCUCUUUCCCGCCUCGGCUGCCCAUGAAGAGCCGCUCGGUGGUGGGGGGCGCCGGUGAGAAGUGCGAGCCAGCCCCACCCAGCCCCAAGAGCCUCAGCAACGGCUUUGCCGUGGGGGUCGACGGGGCCAGCAAGACCACCCAGUGUCAGUAAGGGAGGGGUCUUCAGGUUUAAAAUGGGGGGGGGGGGGGGGGGGGCAAAUGAAGACAUUGAGGCGUGAUCAGAGUCAAGGCAUUGGCAUGCUGGACCCUCACCACACACACACACACCAGAUGGAACACUGACAAAGGGAACCUCAGACUGAGGCUGGGAGGGGACAGAGACCAACUUUGCGAUCUUUGGGUCAUCUAGACAAUGCAUAUUUGUUCUGAGGAGGUUACGUAAUAAAGCCCACUGACACACUGACCGGCUUCCAACUGCCCACUUACGACGUGACUGCCAACACAAAAUGCUUUCACCUCCCAUCGUCUCUCAAAGACUCCUCAUGCAGAGGCACCUCUGAGAUCAGGUUGAUUGUGUGCUCUGUUUUCAUCCCCUGUAGAUUUCUAAUAUUGUUACCAGAUGCAAAUCAACGCCAACACACACACCAUACUUCCUUCUAUUCUUUAGAGAGCAUUCAGAUAAUAGGGGUGUUGUGUUUGUGGCAAUAAUAUUAUAUGACUACGUAAUUGUUUUUGGAAUGAUUGGUAAUAGUACCUACUAUUUGUAAAUAUAGUUCUACUUGAAAAGAAAUAUAAUAUCCUUAUUGUUCUACUUUAAAAAAAAAAAAAAAAUGUAUCCUUCUCCUUAAAUUUGAAUAUAUGGUCUUAGCAGAUUUUGUUUGGCUUUAAUUUGAUAUCUUUCUCUUGACUGACUGGUAGGUGUUUGUGCUACACCCUCUUUCCCCCUCCUCAUGGCUGCGUACAGUAGGCUACUCAUGGGCUGAGCUCCGCUGCCAUGACAACCACACUCUCUACCUCCUCUGCCAUUACAGAGGCUUCCUACUCAGCAGAUGCCCUCAGAAUCACAAAGCCAAGUUUAAAGGGCCAAAACUUCAGAGGUGCCAGACACGUCCCCCCACCCCAAACCAUUUGAGACCAUCAUCGUAAUUAGCACCUCCAAAGGGCUGGUUUCUGGAAACCUCAUUCACUGGAUUGGAUUAAUCUUUUGGCUUUUGUUUUUGCGUUUACCCUUUUAUGUUCUCCCCAUAUGUUUUCUUUUAAUUAGAGAAAAUUACUUUUAGCAGCUUGAUUUCAAGUAUCACUCUCUCUCUUCUAUCUUAGUCAUUGCCAACAAAGGUGGAAACGAUGUUAUGAAAGAAGCCAUUGUAUAUAUUGUUGACUAGUAAUUACUGGUUACUCAUAAUUGUGCAUAACAUAAAAUAUUUUACAAAAUACCAAACAUUGCUUAGUUAUAUUGUAUUUAGGCCUAAUAAAUGUAAUUGUAGGUGAAAUUUGUGUUUGCUUUAAAGCUAUAGUGUUUUUAUGAAUAAACUUAAUUGAAAAUCCUGAGA